GCUCAGGAGACACGCUCACUAUAGCUGGAGAGUGCUGGAAGCCGCGAUGGGAGUUAACGCAUCCAAGUUUGUAGAGGUCCUGUCACCAGCGUCGUUGCACUAAAACAAAAAAAGACUUUGGGUUUCUCUGAAAAGGAGGCUUGUCUGCGUUUUUUUCUUUUUUUUGUGUCCGAGGCGUUUCUAUAUAUCACAGGAUGUUGACGAUAUUGGAAAGCCGGGUAAGAUCAUAAAGUCUCUGAUGAGAACCUCCUCCUCCUCCUCUUCCUCCUCACCACACACAAAGGGAACCACGGAACAAGUUUUUUUUCUCACGACCAUCAUUUUUAAUUUGUGAAUGUCAUUAAGAAGCAGAGGAGGCUGUUUCAAAGACAGAAUGGAUCACUUUGCAGCAGAGUGCCUUGUUUCAAUGUCCAGCCGUGCAAUUGUCCACGCUCCUCCUAAAGGGAAUAACAGGGAGAUGAUGAUUAAACCAGAGAGCCCGUCCUCUUCCUCCAGGACCGGAGAGGAAAUCAAAGAACCUUUGGUGAGAGACAACUCCUCUCUCUUUGUGGUGGCGAGGAUCCUGGCGGAUUUUAACCAGCAGACUCCCAACAAUGUUGCCGAGCAGGCAAAAAUAAUAAUAAAGGAUGAGAGCACGCCGAACCUCAUAGAUGAUGAUGAUGAUGAUGAUGGAAACUCUGCCACACCUACCACCAUCUCCGAUCCUGCGCUCAAACAAAGAGGCAAAAGAUCGCGAGGUCGAACUGAGCAAGAAUCAUCACCUCAGAAAAAGCACAAAUGCCACUAUUCAGGUUGUGAAAAAGUUUAUGGCAAAUCAUCCCACCUCAAAGCCCAUCUAAGGACACAUACAGGAGAACGGCCUUUCCCGUGCACCUGGCCCGACUGCAGUAAGAAGUUCGCCCGCUCCGACGAGCUGGCCCGCCACUACCGCACCCACACGGGGGAGAAGAAGUUCGGCUGCCCGCUUUGUGACAAGCGCUUCAUGCGCAGCGACCACCUGAUGAAGCACGCCCGGCGCCACUCAGAUUUCCAGCCCGGCAUGCUGAAGAGGCCCCACCACGGCGGCAGCAGCACCACACGUCCCAGCUCCCUCAGCGACUACAGCCGCUCGGAUGCCUCCAGCCCCACCCUCAGCCCCGCCCUCAGCCCCGCCAACUCGCCUUAAACUGAAACCCAGUCGCACUUUUCUGCCUCUGACCUGCGAGGCCUGUGUUUUUGUCAUAACACUUGUGUUGCACAGUUGUCAGCAGCCCCUCCCCCCCCCUUUGCUAUUCCUGCGCUUGCUGUGGUGUACCAUACUGUACAUAACUGCUUAUUGUAGUGCAAUUACACGUGUGAUCCUAAAAGAAGGUAAUGCCUUUCCCAGAUGGCAAUAUUUACAUUCUGUACCAUACGUCUGUAUUUUUUUAGCUUCUGAUCAUGGCUAGUUGUCCAAUGUAUGUUCGCAGUCAGCUAAACAAGGUUUAGAAGAAGAAGAAAAAAAACAGACACCCUGACAAGUCUUAUCAAAAAAUGGGUUUUUCUUAGGUUUUUUUUUUUGAGUGGGUGAGGAGAAGGGGUACACACACACCUCAGGAUUGAAGACAGUUGCUAUUUCUGUAAUACCACAGUACUUCACAGUACUCACAUUGACUGCACAAUAUACUCAUCACUUUACUCUGAAAUUCAACAGGGGUUGAAUUUUACGCCCUGCUCAGGGAUGGCCUUGUUAGCUUGAAAGAAUGAACGCGGUGAAGAGAAACAUACAGUAAAUAUAGCAGCCUUACACUCAACACAAUUUUGCACUCUUUGUUUUUUUUGUUGGUUUUCACGUCUCGAGGAAACUAGCCCUGCGGUCAUUACGGUCACAAUCGUACACAGAACUCAUGUCCUUGUGUUGCUGGGGGUUCACAUGUAAUGUAAUUGCUGUGUGUAAACAAAACGAUCCCCAAAAAACCUCCUCCUCAGUAAAACAAAAUACAUCUGUUCCUCCUCUUGCAACGUUAAUAUUCAGUUGCCAUUACACUGGGUUAAAAUAUGUGUUUCAUUAAACGGCGGCGUGCAGUAUAUACUGUGUAAAUCUGCAUGGCGGGAGGAUCAGGAAUAUAUUGGGUCAACAGAAACUUUAAAUAGAGACAGUUAAGUUUCAAAGCAGCUGUUCAUGUUUUUUAAAGUGCUAUAUCAUCAUCCAGUAUUUCACACAAAACAGACACAAAGGGACUUUAGUUGAAACAAAGUUUAUCCCUCUCUGAAGCACAUAGGAAAAAGUACCAAAGACGAGAGUGAAUGAAAGCUUUCUAUUCAGUCUUGUAAGCCGCCCUUCAUCGAGGCCCGGGGCUGGUGGUUGGCAGUAUCACAGGUAGAACCAGACAGCCGGCUCACUUCCCUCCUCCUGGCUCUGCCUUUUGUGGCCUCCCUCGAGGAAACAGCUGCAUCCCACAAGAAGCUAUUCACGGCCCCGCAGGAGGAGCGCUAACAUGCCAUUCCUGGGGAGUCCUCCCUCUUCCAUCUGGCUCUACCUGUCCUACCUGACUUAGGAGGGUCAAAUGUAGGCCAGAUGUUGGGCAGAGUCGGGGCAUGGUGGAGCACGGAGCAAACAAAGCAGCUAUCUGUGAUAGACAGGCAAGAGAGGGCAGGACCCGAUAAAAGAGGAGAGGUUUAUCACGAGCUGAGCAGCACACAGGAGGAGACACCCACCAUCUCCUCCUCCCUCCAAACUGUGAGCAGAAAAAUGGCUAUAAUUAGCAGGUUCAUCCGACCUGUAGGAUAAGAGUAGAGAGAAGCGUGUGAACAACAGUACUACCUAGACAACGCUAGCAGUGUGGGUGGGACCAGCUCCAUCCAUAAGCACAGGGAGAAAUCCUCUUACUACUGCUGGAGAGUCACAUUUCACAAUGCCAAGGAAAAAUCCAAAUUCAUACAGUUAAAGACCAGAGCUCUCAAAACAGCUGCUUUCAAACUUCUCUCUCGUAAACAAGGGGGCUUUUUUAAACUCUUGUAAAAACAUCUGAACCAAAACGAACAUAUCAGCAAAGUGCAGCCUCACGUCGUCCUCCCCUGUGAAGCUCAGAUGUCCCGUGAGAAAUUGGACUUGUGUUUCUAGACAGACAUGCCUCAAUAAGUCAGGCAAAAGGCACAGUAAACCCUCCGUGGAAGCGGGCACCACUAUCCAAACUGCUGCAGCCCCCGCCAGUCUGUGUUAUGCCUACAUUUUUUCUUUUAAUGCUUCAGCACUACGGCCGGAAAUAGUUUCCUCCCAUGUGUUUGGUCCUGUCAGACCCCUCCAGACUGUUGAAUCGCAUGUGCUAUAGCUUCAUCCGACCAACGACUCUCGGCCAUGCAGUCCCGUGCUUCACACUAUAUGCAUGUUAACAACUGCGCCCUUGGAAGCGCAGAGGGGUUUUGAGGCGGUCUGGCAGGUGUUGAGUUCAUGAAUGGCCGGCCUUGUCCCCAGUUCUCCACAGCAGCCAUCUCUCUUUAAAGUUGUGAAGAAUCAGCUCUGUCACAUCCUCCAGAAAGAAAACAUCCCUUAUUUUAGAUCCGAUGCAGUAGUUUCCUCAAAACACCACAUGUAAAAAAAAGGAAAAAAACAACCCUCUCUGUAAGAUGUUAAAAUAGUUUCCAGGCUGUAAGAUGACACUUUGAAUGCCACUGAUCAGCAGCUCUUUGUGAAAGAAAGCACUGAGAGGCUUUUACAUUUACCAUUUCUGGAAACUUUGAUUUUUCACAAACUCUUCAAAUAGCUGUUGAGCAGCUUUUUGUGGUAUCUAUCCAUGACUUUUUUUAUAGUCAAUUUUUGACUUUGUAGUGUAACUUUAUCUUGCAAAAAAAAAAAAAAACAUUUCUGAGUAGCUCACCCCUCAAGCAGGUUUCAUGAAUUCUUAAUCCAUAAUCUGCACAUUUACCUCAGGGUCGACAUCCGCAAAGCAGAUAUGGGGCAGUUUGUGGAUUUUGUUGUAACAUCAGUUGCUGCACAGAAAUGUCUGCCAGCCCCCCCCCAUCCCCUCCCCUCCUAUCGGUGUUCCUGGGUGCUUGGUGCUCACUGCUGGUCAGUGUCCGACCACACUGGAAACACAGGAACGCCUCCGCACGGGGCCCAGCUCCUGCCUCCUCGUAACAUCCUACAGUCCUGCGAUGUGCCUUAGUAAGCACUGGGCACUCUGGAGGUCUUUUCAGUGAAACGCCCCUUUAGACAGCUUUGACCCUUUUAGCGUCAGUGGACUUACAGUAGGCGACAGGAAGCUCCUACCAUCUGAAAACAAAACCGACUGUGACAGUCUAUCCAUCCAUCCACACUGCACCAGUGACAUACAGGCCUCCGCAGGCACGAGUGUCUCAUAACUUUUAUUCUCACUGUACCAAAUCUACUUGAAUAAUUCAACACAAAAGGCCAUUGAACACAGUUUUGUACAUUGUCCAUUUUUACUGUACUUGCUUUUGUUGUCAAAUAAUUAUUAACCUCUCUGGAGAAAGGUGUAGAGUCUGAUUUAUGUUGUUUUUUUUCCAUUGUCUUCAGGUCAUUUCAGCAACUCUUUCGAAUAUAUAUCAGCAUUAAGGUUGACUGUUUUUGUCGGGCUGUUUAAAGGCACCAUAUUUUGUUAAAAAAUAAUAUUUCUAUCCCUGUUAAUCAGAAACACUUACUACUCCGUUGAUGUCAGGAUGCAGGUUAUUCCAGUUAGCCUGUUUAUCCAAAAACUCCUCCGAGUCAGAAAAGGAAAGGAUUGUUUGGGGUGAUGAACCUCCUGACCUCUUAUGUUUGACAAUUUCAGAUGGAGUGACUCAUUUUUCUUUAUUAUUUAGAGUUUUCCAUAAGAAUAGAGACCACAGCAUUGUGAGUUAGCAAUGUAGUCAUGAUUUUUAUUAUUGCUUUUUUUUGUCUCAUAUGAAAUGCUUGUAUAUUUUUCAAAAAAUCAUACCUCUUGAAAUAUUUUGACUUUUGUUUGUACCUUCAUAUCUUUUCAAAACAUCCAUCAUGUAGCUUACGUUUGCUUGAUGAGUAGCACAAAUAAUUGGUGGUUUUAUUUGUUCCUACUUGAAUGAAGAAGGAGAGAAAGAAAGAUACUUUUUUUCUGUAAAAACAACAAAAACAAAACACUGGGCUACAUUUUAUAUAAUCAUCCCAUGUUGUCAGGGUCCUUGUAGAUUAAAAAAAAUCAAUCUUUCCAGGAAAUAAGAAAAUCUUAUUUUUAUUAUUUUAUGUUACAAAACUAUUUAAACCACCCCUCCUCUACUGAGCUCCAUAUAUUUGUCUUAGUUUAAACAUUUUCUAUGUGAGGGAUGAUGUCAGCUGUAAAUUACUAUGAAACUCCACUUCAGCGUUUUUUAAUCCAACUUUACCAUUGUAAUCCCGGUGAGAUUACAGUUUUCGACAUCUGUCAGAGAAAAAAAAGGACUUUAAACAAUGGCAAAAUGGAAAUACAAGGUUUCUACAAGAUGCUAACAGUGUACCAGUAAAUAUUUUGUUUUCUGCUAAUUGUAAAAAAUAUAUUAAAGUGAAUUGGUUGUUGCCUAGUAUGUAAAGAACUAACAUUAGUCUUAUUUAAAAAAAAAAAAAAAAGAUUAAUUAAAUAUAUCAGUGAUCAGACCGUCUCAUCUUCAUGACUGGUCUCAGCGUACAAGCAUGAUCGAUGCAAUUGUGUGCCAAAACUAUAAAGGUAACUUCUUAAAGAUACAAAAGUUGAGGGUAAAAAAAACACCUACUAUCAGACAUUUAACAAACGUGUACAGUUUUAUAAAGUGUGACAUGUUUUUAUGAAAUGUACAGGAUUUAAUGAAGCGACUCUGCAUAUUUGAUAUGCAAAGUGCUCUAAGUUAAAUAUUUCUUUUCUGCUUUAUGUAAACAUUUUGAUUGUGUAGCUUUUGUUAUUUAAUUUGUACUUCUUUUUUUUUUUUUUGCUGUACAAUACUCAAUGUAUAAUGGCUUAUUACAGGUAUUUUUUUUUUUUUGGACAUAAAUAAUCUUAAUGAUGAUGAAACGCCCAACCAUUCCAAAGGAUUGAAAAUUGCAUUUUUGCUAUAAAUGUGCUGCUUUCAUGGACCCGAUGCAUUUUUGUAGGUUAUGAAUAGAAGUCUGUCUUGACUGUGAGGUUUUUACACGUUGUGAGUUGUGCACAAGGUACGUUUCUCAUUGUUUCCCAGGUUUAAAUCUCUCCUUUCCCCUCUGCCGGCUCUAUGUGUAGGCUAAGCCAAUUCGAACAUGCAUUUUAAAGUAUUGUAAUAUAUAAUAUUUCAAAGUAAAGGACAUACAGAGCAUGUCUUCCCUCAUGAGAUAAAGGCUCGAGGGAUAAUGUUUGAAGAGGCAGCCAUGAUAGGAGAGUUGUUCUUGAGCAGUGAGACGGAGCUCAUCAGACGCUCCGCAGUUACAAGUUGUUACCAAAGGCUUUGAAGGGAAAGAUGAAUGUUGCAGUAAUUUUGAGCCCCUGGGUUCAACUUUAUAUGCUGUAAGUGUCGAUCAAUGGAUGUUGUGCUUAUGAUAUGGACCUUUUUCUACAUCUCAAAUAAGUUGUUUUCUUUCUUUUUUGAAAAUCACUUGAAUGAACAAAACCGGUUUAAUCAUAUGAGCAAACUAAUUCUGAGUAAAAAAGAAACAAAAGAGACUGAGUGAGUAGGAACGUGCAGCGUAAAGCGGACCACAUCUGUCUGUACCCUUCACUGACCAUGUGGUCUUGCUUGACUGCCUGAACUGCGGCAUUUGUAGAAACUAGAAAUGCCCGCUGACAAGAAGUCUUUUGCUCAAGCUCUGAAUAUGUUUGCCCUUAAAGGAUUAGUCUGUUGACCUCCCUUUAAUUACAAAGAGAGAGCCUCUCACCAGCCUUUUGGUUCUGUUUCCUAUACCUGUUUGUCCUCAGCGUAAUGUUGCUCUCUCGAUACCUCUGUGUGUUUCUCCUCUGCCCAUCACCAUCAGUUGCCUGUUGUAGUGACUCCAUGGUGCUGCCUCCCCUUUCAGCACCAGUAUAAUCUAAUCUGUAAAUAACUCUCGACUCAGCUAUGGCCAGUACAUUUCUCUAUGACCUCACUCUAACCUUCAGGUGUCAUUUUGUUUAUUUUCUCUCAGCAAACCAAAAUCACUACAUUCAAGUAUUACAGUUGUACAGUUCCUCGGAUUCUACACACAUGUCAAUGUGCUGGUCUUAGCUGCUCUGCUGUACCUUUUUAUGGCAUUAUUUUUUACAUGUUAGACAAUAUAUUGUGACCAUGUCCUAUGCAAAUAUGAAAAAUAACAGAUUGUUGAAUAAUGUAUGUUGUCAUAACUUGUAUGCAUGAAAUAGUGAAGUUUACAUUUGGAAAUAAAUUCAUAAAAUAAGCAGCUA